AUGGACGAGCCCUCGGCGCAACUACACCUGGAGAUCCGCGACGCCGUUGUUCGCGCUCUCGCAACGCGCCGCCCAAUCCUCCACCACCUCAACGCCGAUACCUCCUGGCUUCUUCAAAUACCCCGUCCGGCAAACGCAGUCAAGCAUGGCGCCCGCAUAUACUACAACAUCCUGAUCGAUCCGUGGUUCGUGGGCGGGCAAAGCGAUGUCGCAAAGUGGUUUAGCCAGCAAUGGCACGCGACGGAGAGCGCGGUAAAGAGCAUAUCUGAAGUGGAGGAACUAGCGCGACAAGUCGAGAUUCUAGCCGGAGGCUUCAGACCAGGCAAGAGCCGGAAGCGAAAAGUAGAGGCCAUAGAAGAUGAAGAGAGUUAUGUCGACUGCGUAGCCAUCAGCCAUGAAUUCACCGAUCACUGCCACAAAGAAACGCUCCUCGAAGUCCACGGCGACGUCCCUGUCUUCGCAACAGAGCAAGCCGCCAAACUCAUCUCCUCCUGGUCCCACUUCCGCACCGUAAUCACAACCCCAACCUUCCCCCCCACCGCCGACUGGCACGACUACAGUCUCCCACCCCUCCCCUCCUGGCUCUCCAUCUCCCGCCUCACCGCCCCCAACGACGCCCUAUUCUACCAUUCCGCCCUCCUGAUAACCUUCUCCACGCACCCCUUCCUCUCCAGCUCCACACCCCGAAAACGCCUAUCUACACUCAGCAUCAACGGCGACGGCGCCGAACAAGACUUUUCCUCCCCUUCUUCUUCCUCUACUAGUGAGGCUGCCGAAUGCGUCAUUUACACCCCCCAUGGUAUCCCGCAUACCGCCCUUGAACCCAUUGCUACGGCUGAACCACCACUGCAUACCCUCGCUUUCUUGCAUGGGCUACACGACGUUUCGAUUAGUGCGGCUCAGCAAUUGAAUCUUGGUGCGAAGAAUGGGGUUCUGGCACAGAGAUUGGUAAAGGCUAAGUAUUGGGUUGGCACGCAUGAUGAGGUUAAGAAGGGAGGAGGGUUUGUAAGUUGGUUCCUACGGCGCAAGGUUUGGAGGGUUGAGGAUGCGAUUAGGGAGGUUGGGGGCGAGGGUGAGGUGGGGGAUGUAAGGUUUGCGGAGGUGGGGAAUGGGGAGAGUAGGAUGUUGGAAUAG